UGCUGACGGUACAACAACUUGAGUCGAGAAAAUGGCAGACGCAGAUUUCAACGCGCAAGUGCGCACUUUAUUCGAUUUCAGCCGUUUAGAAAAACCUGUCCAGCUUCACCUGAAGAAUGUGUACAGUUGCCUGGCCAUAUGCAUGUUAGCAGCAGCUGUUGGGGGAUAUGUCCAUGUAUUCACAGGCCUUAUGCAGGCUGGGUUAUUGACCCUAAUUGGAGUGAUAGGGCUAAUGAUUGCCCUGUCCAUGACAGCCAACACCCCAGAAAACCAGCCUAAAAGAUUGGCUAUGCUGGGAGGCUUUGCCUUUUUCAGUGGUAUGUCUCUUGGCCCACUGUUGGAUGUUGUCAUUGAAAUCAACCCCAGCAUCAUCCCCACAGCUUUCCUGGGCACUUGUGUGAUAUUUGCUUGCUUCAGUCUCAGCGCACUCUUGGCUGGAGAUCAGAGAAAAUACCUCUAUCUGGGAGGAAUGUUGUUUUCUGGUCUGUCCAUUAUGAUGCUGAUGAGUCUCGUCAACCUGUUACUUGGGAUCCGUCUGAUCUUUGAGCUGAAUCUGUACCUGGGUUUGAUAAUCAUGUGUGGCUUUGUCCUGUACGACACCCAGCUGAUUGUGGAAAAACGCAGGCGCGGAGAUACAGACUUCAUCUGGCACUCAGUUGACCUUUUCUUAGACUUCAUCAACAUUUUCCGCAGACUCCUGAUUAUUUUGGCAAGCAAGGAGGACAGAAAGAAGAAUAAGAAUUAGAUACACCAAAAAUGUGAAUUCAAGAGCUUUAUAGGACUAGUGUUUGCUGUUGUUGUAAGCAGAAAAAAGGCUUCAAGACUCAAUUUGAUAUUAAAGAUUUUGGUGUGAAAAAUCACCCAAUGUGACUGAAUAAUUUACAUAAAGGAAUUAUCAGCUUUACGAAUAUUGUUGUAACUACAUGGAAUCUGUUGUUUUUGAUUUCCCCUUUUGUUGCCAGACUGUCCUCAAAUCAUCCUCGUAAGACAUUGAAAUUUAUAUCCUUGCUCAAUUUUGAAAUACAAGAAAUGCAGUAUUUUGGUGGUAAUUUCAUUCAGGGUGAGAAAAAAGUGCCCUCAAAAAUGUGAAGUGGGUAUUUCUAAGUUUGUAAAUUGAUAAGGUGAUGGUUAAUAUUUAAAACUUGUUAAGAAACUCCAGAAUUUUUGCUUGUCGAUAUUCUACAUGUAAUGCCUUUAGAUCAUUUAAUUAUUUUGCAAAUAUAUAUCUAGAAGAAGUGAUCUUUUAGGGAAAGGAAAUAAAACUGGUUUAAUCUACUGACGACUGCUUAUAAUAAGGCAUGCAUAUUGGAAAAUGCUCAUGAAGAGGACUUGUAAUAAAUGGCUAAAAUGUUUAAUAACUUAGAUUUAGGUGUUAAGUUAGGUAGAUAUUUGCCUGUGACAUUGGUUUUGGUUUAUUUUUUUGUGUAACUGGAUGCUUAAGUUUACAAUCACGACAAACUGCCUAACACCUGCCUGGCCUGAGCAAGUGCAAUAUUUUGCUCGUGCCAUGGAAUUAUUCCAAACAAUAUAUUCAUAUCUCUAAAUUGACUAACACAUUAUGCACCAGACUUCAUAGUGUCAAUUAAUAUCACUGUUGUAAAUGCUUUUCUGUGGACAAUAAAUAUUUUGUAAGAGUGAC